GACAAGGAAUUUCCUGCUCGGACUCAUCUGCUCUCGACCUCAUCCCAAAAGCAACCCAAGGAUCCCAGUAUCUAAAGCCCCUUAACCCUUCCCACCCGGCACCUGGAAACCUACAUAAGCAAGAGCUGCUCUCCGUUUAGCGUGUGCUUGGAGGCCGUGGAGCACAACUAAGCCAAAGAACCGGGCCCUGGUCCUCCACAGCCCCCUGCUCCCACGGCCUCUGCGGCGCGGCAGCCUCGGGGACGAGGGACACAGGAGCAUCUAAAGGCCAUUGAUGAUGAAAUCAAUUUAUUUUUGGAUAAUAUGUUUGGACCUCGAGAUUCUCGAGUCAGAGGAUGGUUCAUGUUGGACUCUUACCUUCCUACCUUUUUUCUUACUGUCAUCUACCUGCUUUCAGUAUGGCUGGGUAACAAGUAUAUGAAGCACAGAGAUGCUCUUUCCCUCAAGGGCAUCCUCACCUUGUAUAAUAUAGGGAUCACACUUCUCUCCAUAUAUAUGCUGGCAGAGCUUAUUCUGUCCAGCUGGGAAGGAGGCUACAACUUACAGUGUCAAGAUCUUACCAGCGCAGGGGAAGCUGAUACCCGGGUAGCCAAGGUGUUAUGGUGGUACUACUUCUCCAAAUUAAUAGAGUUCCUGGACACAAUUUUCUUUGUUUUGCGGAAAAAAACCAGUCAAAUUACUUUUCUGCAUAUUUACCAUCAUGCCUCUAUGUUUAACAUCUGGUGGUGUGUUUUGAACUGGAUACCUUGUGGGCAAAGUUUCUUUGGACCCACACUGAACAGUUUCAUCCACAUCCUUAUGUACUCCUACUAUGGCCUUUCUGUGUUCCCAUCCAUGCAUAAGUAUCUUUGGUGGAAGAAAUAUCUCACACAGGCUCAACUGGUCCAGUUCCUGCUCACCAUCACCCACACCAUGAGUGCCGUUGUGAAACCCUGCGGCUUCCCCUUCGGCUGUCUCAUCUUCCAGUCCUCUUACAUGCUUACAUUAGUUAUCCUGUUCUUAAAUUUUUAUGUUCAGACAUACCGAAAAAAGCCAGUGAAGAAGGAUAAGGAAGAGCCACCUGCAUGGAAAGAAGUGAAUGGUUUUUCCAAAGCCCACUUCACUGCAACUAAUGGAGUGAUAAACAAGAAAGCACAAUAAACAUGGAGUAACCGACACGCAUAAGUAAUAGCCUAACAGAUUCGCUUGUUUUAAAGCAAAGACUGAAUUCAAAGUUACAUAUGUUUUAGCAUAAACUAAUUUCUUUUGAGUUUAUAAAUCAUUUGUACCUAGAAUGUGUCAAUACGUUGCUGUUAGGUCACCUGUAACUGAAUGCUUCAGUCAGCACCGCGGGGCACCUGCGCGACCCGUCCCCCCUUCCUGCGGGCAGACUGGACCCCUCACCAGAAACUGUCUUUUUAACGCCUUACACACAAAGCCAGGAAACCUGGAACUUUACUUUUCUCAGCAAGUCUUCAAAUAAAACGUUAAGGGUUUUGUUCAGAUUAAAAUGUUUAAAACAAAA